AUGUCUCUUGCCCCGAUAUCAGUGCCAGACCGGCAACCCUCACCGGGAUUGACUGUCAAUUUGGGAUCCAAUAAUCCCUUUAGAAAUCGUGCCUCUUCGGCAUCGUUUGCUUCCACAACAGGCCCUCCCCUGAGACAACAGCGCCCAGUGUCAAGAAACCCAUUCCUCGACGACUCAGAAUCUCAGGCUUCACUCCUUGCUUCAGCCGGGAAUAUGUCACCCGAAAAGCUUCCAUCAGCGGAUCCUCCGUCGACCGGACAUGUUGCAGAAUUAUUUGAAGACCUCUCUCUUGACAAGCCAGCCGAUAAGCCGUCGAAUUCAAACGGAAGACGACCACCCCCACGACCGGAAAAUGUCCCCCCCUCUGGACACACUCUCUCUGAUGAUAAAGCCUCCUCCCGCCGCCCAGCUCGGAAGCCAUCCGGAGAAGAAUCACAGUCACGCAGCAAGGGAAAUAGGCGGGGUCCAACUGGAAACGUCUUCGCAGAUCCCAAAGAGUCUUCAAAAUCCCGCAGUCAACGUCGACCCCGCCGGAACUCAGACUCUUCCAUAAUGGACAGACCGUCAAAAUCACUCGACCCUGAGGAGGAAAAACGAAGGCGAGAAAGGAGACAUCGAGAACGUGAUGCUAAACACAAGGACAGCAAGUCUCGCAGCAGGCGAACAAACGGCCAUAGGCUCGACGUUAUUGAUAAGUUGGAUGUUACCAGCAUAUAUGGGACAGGCCUCUUCCACCAUGAUGGACCGUUCGAUGCAUGCAACCCCCACCGCAAUCGUAAAGGAUCGCGGGCGGCCCCAAUGCAAGCUUUCGCGAAGGAUUCGAGAAACAUGGCUUUGGGUGGGGCUGGCCCUAAUAACAGCAAUAUCGAUCUCAAUCUCUUCCAUGGACGAGGGGCUGAGGGGUAUGCGGAUUAUGCAAGCACUGGUAGUUUGACUAGCAGCAAGAUAGGCCAAAGCACAGCAUUCGACCCAACAGCAAAACUGGAACCGAUUCAUGGGGCUGAAAGUAUGGGUUUGGGAACUAGUACAUUUCUGGAAGGCGCUCCCGCGAGUCGCGCUGCCAUCCAGCGGCGUGAAAAUGAGACUGAAGCUCAAAACUUACAAAAUGGAGGAUUACAGCGCAAGAAGAGUCUCGCACAAAAGAUCCGCGGAAUUAACAAUAGAGAUAGAGUCCCACGGGUUACUUCACCAGAUUCUACUGCUGAUUCCAACAAUCAACACACUCAGGCAAGCCCUCCUCGAACUUCCGGCUCCAAGCGACAUAACGAUAGGAACCCAUUCUUCCAACAACAGGAUUAUGAUGAUGCAUACGAUAAAAAAGGUGCCAAGAUCCAACUUUCAGAUGACAUGACUGAUAGCCUCCUUCCCCGGACCAGACAACGAUCAAUUAGUAGCCCAAAGGAUAUUCUAGGCGAAAAGAGGGUUACAGAAGAACGAAAGUCCAGUAUCGGCGGCGGCGAGGACGCAAAGGCUCCUGCACAGACAGCUAGUGGUAGCAGUGGCUUCAUCAGCCGAGUCAAAAGCCUGAGAAGACCGCCCCAACCGAAGAAAAAGGCGGUGACAACAGCGGGCGAGUCUUCGUCUUGAGAAUAUGGCUGUACAUCUGCUAUGACCGCAACAGUAUACAUGCGUGGUAGAUCGAUGGGAUGUGCGGAGGGGAAUUACUUGGAAGGAAAUCCGAUUUGGUAGAUGUGCAGCGAUGUUAGGCGUACAAUUAUUGGAACUGGUGGAAGCCAGUUGAAUGCUCUUUUUGUCCAUUUUUCCAGGUCUCCGAUUUUGUAUUCAUUAUGUUUAUUCCGACGACUGUUUCGUGGGUUGUUUUCUAUGCCUUCUCCUUUCAUUUAUUUUUUUUUUUUACUUAUUAUUAAAUCACGAUCCUUCAUUGUCCUUUCAAGUGCACCGAUGUUUCUCUUCUCUUCUUCCUUGGCUCAAAUUAUUUCGAGGCUCCCUGCUAGCUAAUUAUGUUUCAUUUUUUGUGUGUAUUCGUGUCCUUUCCAUUUACUAUCACAUUCACCUUUCCUCAUGUGCGUUGGGUUUUCUUGUAUUAUUUUUCUCACUCUCAUAAUUCAUGGAUGCCAGGCAGGAUUAUUUAGGUUAGUAUAGCAGUUUAGUUUGUUUUCU